AUGAUAAAGUCGAUCGCGACUUUUUCGGCGCUUGCCGCAGUCGCCAGGGCUCAGACAUACCCGUAUCCCUCCUUAACUCCUACCGGUGAUCAAUGGACGGCUUGGUCCGAGUGGGCUGGCUGCGACAACCUCUCCCUUGAAGACUUCUGCUCUUUUCCGGACAACUAUCUGGCGAACAGCGUAAGAUACAGAGAAUGCCGACUGAUCGAUAGUGAAGAUCAUGAGUGGGAUCCCGCCCAGAAUGCAUCACAAGUCCAGCCACCAAAGGGCGACCCCGCACAGACAUUGAAUUUCGAUGGCCUCCUGACCAAUGGAAAGCAGGAAUCCCCCUCGAACAAUCCAGUCCUUCGAUUCGACUCGCUUGCGAUCCUCGAUUGGAGGAAGCUUGAAGCUGCCAUUUCUACCGACCCCGAACUCUUCCGUCCCUACAUUCCAGCUCCGUACAAGCGAAUCGUUUUCGAGUUCGCUCUGUGCAUCAAUGUUCACAAGUGUCCAAAGCCACUUCCGUGGUCUUCCUGGAAUUGCCACUGCCUCGGAACUGGAGAGGAUAACACUGAAAACCUCCCCUUUGCGGAUGUAACGCCGGCCAGACCACCCGAUCACGAGUUCAACUUUGCAAGGAUUGGGACAGAGACGACGGAAUCACUUGCGAUUCUGUUGGAAGGAGCAUUGCGAAUAACCCGCAAAACGGAGGCACUCAGUUCCCGAAUCAAUGUAUAA